AUGAUCACGAUCCGGUGGCGAUUCUCUAUCACUCUCAACGGCUCCCCCGUGAACAUUCAGGUGCAAUCACUCCUCAAGUGUGCCGUCAAGACCAUCCUCGAAUACGUGGAAGCAUGGGGCACGCUCAAUCGCUCCCUCAGCACCGUCGAGGUCUGCUCCUCUGACGCACGCAUGAACUUUUUGCGCCUCGUCGAGGACGGUGGCAGCCAGCUCGUCCUCGUGCAGCCUCCCCUUCCACCUUCGCAGUCUCUUCCGAUCAUCGCAUCGUCUGCGCUCAAGCCCGCUCCCAGUCGUACCGCAUCCCUCCACCAGGCGAACAUACCCAGGGCCGCGGUUUUUCUGACGCUCCCUCCACCUGUGCCCAACCCCAUCAGUCGCAUCAGGCCACGCUCGGGUAGUAUGGAUGCAGUGGUAUAUCCUGGUCUUCCUGGUGGACCGGGCGUGCUGCCUCCUGCAAAGAGGAUGUGCAGCAAGCGUGACCUUGAGCGUGAAAUGAUUGACAGACCGCGCUGGUACAGUGCUACACCAUCCAAUUCACCACAGUUUAUGACAGCCAAUGAUCAUGCUACAGAGACCACCCUCAUUCCCCUUCAGCACUCGGGCAACAUGAGCGUGCCCGCUCUUCAUCCAUACUAUGAUCCGCAACAGCGUGCAUAUCAUGCCAAUUAA